AUGCGGCUGGAAUUCAUGGGGAAACAGGCAGAACUGCAGCAGGCAGACACAGGCAACGUUUAUCGGAAGAGCACACAGGAUCUGGAAGAGGAAGGGCACAUCGAGGUGAACGUGGCAGUAGCAUUUAAUGGGCAGGGAGGGGCCAAGUCUGAGUGGCAGCAGUUCACAUGGACGUACCAUCAUGAUGGCUCAGAAACUACCAAAGACACUAUUGAAUUUACUGCAACAGAUGGUGCUAAUCCUGUUAGUUUUACACUACCUGUGAAGGUAACACCCAUCAAUGAUGAGCUCCCAGUGAUGGUCUCUGGUUUGAAACCAGUUCUUAAGUGUCCAGAAGGAGAAGAAAUAAUCAUCACUGCAGAGUACAUCUGCGCCACUGAUGCUGACAGCGACAACAGCAGCCUUGCGUUCCUAAUAGCCCGGCAGCCUUACCAUGGGGUGGUUCUGCAAAACGGUGUCAUUGUGGAUCGCUUCAUCCAAGCAGACGUCACUGCAGGCAUCAUCGCCUACAGACACACAGGGCUGGAGAUUGGACUAACUCCUCGCCAUGACACUAUCACGUUUGUUAUUUCUGAUGGAGAAUCUGAAACAUCAGCUCUGUGCUGCGGUGGGGGAACUCCCGCCGGGAACGGAGGCGCGACUCGCCAGCGGGAGAGCCUGCCUGUCUACGACCUCCAUAUCACUGUGUUUCCUGUUGACAGUCAGCCACCUUCACUGGCAACAGGUGACAUCUUCACAGUGGAUGAAGGUGGAACUGCCCUAAUAACAGCUGCUCAUUUGAAGGCCUCUGAUGUAGACACAGUUGUAGACAAGCUUGUGGUCAGUCUGAUUUCACCUCCUCAGUUUGGUUACAUAGAAAAUGUCCUCCCCAGCCCUGGCUUUGAGAAAAGCAACACUGGCAUAAGCAUAGCUUCUUUUCUAUACAAGGAUAUCAUUGAGGGUCAUAUAAAUUAUGUGCAGUCCAGACACCAGAGGAUGGAGCCCACAGCGGACCAGUUCAUGCUUUGUGUCUCAGACGGCAAACACAACUCUGCUAACAUCCCUUUCUACAUCAUAAUUAGCCCAACAAAUGAUGAAAUCCCAGAGUUUAUGGCACGCAACAUCACAGUGAAAGAGGGAGAAAUGAAGCACCUUGACUCAUCUGUGUUCCAUGCGAUGGACCUAGAUGUCCCCAAGAAUGCUCUGCUUUUCUCUGUGGUCAGACCUCCUCAGCAUGGCAGCAUCAUCCGUCACAGGAAUGGAAACCCAAUCACCAAGAGACAGGAACCCAACCUAUGGUCUCCUGUGGUUGACUUUACUCUGACAGAUUUCACAAAGGGUUUGGAUCUUGCAUAUCUGCAUGAUGACAGUGAAAACAUGAUUGACAGUUUUAUUAUCCAGUUGACUGACGGCAGACAUGAAAUCCAGAGACAGGUGACGGUUGAAGUAGUGCCAGUGAAUGAUGAAGAGCCUCAUGUCAUCAGGAACAACGGGCUGGAGGUGGAACCAGGAGAAGCUCGGGUUAUAUCCAGCGUUACAUUGUUUGCAGAGGACAAAGACACACCCUCCACAGAGAUCGUGUAUGUUUUUGAGAGUGUUCCAACCCAGGGAAUACUUCAGCUUAAGGAAGGCCAGAAUUGGGUGACACUUACAGCUGGGAGGACAUGUACACAGGACAUGGUGGACAUGAACCUUCUGCGUUACAAACACACCGGCUAUCAUGCUACUAAAACACAGGACUUCUUUGUUUUCCACCUGAUUGAUGGAAAGAAUCAAUCGCCACCACAGCACUUCCAGAUUUCUGUCAAAAAUCUGGAGAAAGGAAACAUUGCUAUCUUCGUGAAGCCAGUAAAUGUCAGCCGAGGUGAUCGUGUUGUUCUCACAACUGAUGUGCUGCUGGCCACAGAUGGCACUGAUAAGCCAGAGGAGCUUCUGUACGUUAUCACCAAACCACCUGCUCAUGGACACGUGGAGUACAUCAAACAUCCAGGACUGAUCAUCUCCACCUUCAGCCAAAUGGACAUAGCAGCAAACCUUGUCGCUUACGUUCAUGACAACCGAGCCAGCAAAGCAGUAGAGAGUUUUCAGUUUGUUGUAAGCAAUGGAAAGACCAGCCGAAAUGGAAGCUUUGAGCUGCGAGUGGAGAUAAUGGAUCGUGUUCUGCCAUCUCUGACCUCCAACAAAGGCCUCCAGGUCCCACAAGGUUCUGCCAUGAUCCUUGGUCCGGACUGCCUCUCCUUAUCUGACCCUGACACUCCACCCAGGGCCCUGACCUUUUUUCUGCGACAGCCUCCGCAAUAUGGCAAGCUGCUUUUAGCGGGUGUCGCACUGACUGCUGACUCAAACUUCACGCAGGAACACAUAAAGGAGCUGCAGGUAUCAUAUAGACAUGAUGGUGGACCAUCGCAGAUCGACCGAUUUGCUUUCCUGGCCUCUGACACCUCCAAUCGAGGCUUUCUGCAAGAUGGGAAACGGCAAACAGAGCCUGUGUUUUUCACCAUUCAGAUCAAGCCUUUGGAUAAGUCUUCACCUGAAGUAAUUAAGAUAGUCCCACUUUGGAAAGCUGAGCUCCUAUCUGAUGGCAGAUAUGGGAUUUUCCUGACUUCUCGAGAGCUGAAGGCUCAGGAUAGUGACAGCAGAGAAGAGGAGCUAAUAUUCUGCAUCGUCCGCCCACCUUAUUUUGGCUACCUUGAAAACAUUACCACAGGCAGGUUUGUGUCACAGCGCUUCUUUCAGAUUGAGCUUAACAAAAGAACCAUCGCCUAUAUUAUCAAUCUGGAUGGGGAGUUUCUCUCAGACAGCCUGGAGUUCAAAGUGUCUGAUCCUUUAGGGAACACGGGUCCCUCUCACACACUUGAAUUUCGAUGGAGCAGGGUGGAGUUUUCUCAGCCUGAGUCCUCUUCAUGUGAGGAGCAGGAACAAAUCUCCCUGGACAUCAUUAGAAAGGGGAACUUAGCAGAGUCAUCAUAUGUUACUGUCAAGGUGAUUGAGGGGACCGCAACUGCUGGAAGGGAUUUCCUUUCAAGCCCUUCCUCCCUUAUUCAGUUUGACCCAGGAGUAGCAAAGCGAAGCUGGCAAGCCGAGAUAGUUGAAGACAAUAUUGAGGAAGCUGAUGAACUGUUUGAGGUGCUGCUAGUUUCUCCAGAGGCCUCAGUAAUUGGAAGCAUCAGCAAGGCUCAGCUUACUAUCAGAGACUCGGGAAAAGGACAGUGCAGGCCAAAGCAGGAUCAACAAGCUCCUCUUCUAGGAGGAAAAGAGAUUCGUUCAGACACGUAUCCCCAGCAUGGAUCCAUCCAUCUGGAAAAACUUCCCCUUGGUACAGAAUCUGUCAUAUGGGCCAGAGGAGACAGCAUCUCUGCCCCAGGAGAACAUCUCCCAAAGAAAAAACUCAGAGUUGUGAGCGAUCCCAAACCUAUUGCCCCUUCAUCAGUGUUCCACAAUGGGACAGACAUAAUUUACACAUAUCACGGAAUCAUGUCAAUGAGAGUUGAGGAUGACACGUCCCCAUCUAGGAGGAGCAGAAAGGCAAACAUCCGGGUGGUUAGCAGGGGGCCCCAGCACCAGCUACCCGGACUUAUUACUGAAGCACAAUCCAACUCACCAAGAGAGGAUCCACUUAAGAAGGGAAGCCCUCUGGGACAUGCUACAACCAAUACCUCUGUACCCAAGGCAUGUGUGCCAGAGCUCAUGGGGCUUUUACAUUUCAACCAGUCCACCAAUCAGCUUCUUCACUGCAAUGGUGUCUCCUGGAAACCCUGGGCACCAACUGACCAGAUAGUUGGUGCUCAGAUGUGUCCUCAGGGCUGGACUUUUCAAGGAGGACAUUGUUAUAUCCUCUGUACCGAGCAAAAGCUCACAUGGAGCGCAGCUAACAGGGCCUGCAGAGAAAGGUUUAAGGGAAGUCUUGCGAGUGUUCUGUCUAAAGCUGACAUGGACUGGUUAUGGGACUUCAGCGGAAGAAAGCCUUUCUGGAUAGGUCUGAACAACAGGAAGGGUCGAGGACGAUGGGAGUGGGCCGACGGUGAGCCUGUCAGCUACACAAACUGGAAAAAGACACCCCCUCGUUCCAGAAUGAGGGGAAACAGGAAUUGUGUGCUGGUAUGGAGAAGAGCCAAGUGGCAAAUCAGAGACUGCAAGAGUAGCAGAGGUCACCACUUUGUGUGCUCAGUGAAACUUUGAGAACAGCUUAGAGAGGUGUUACUGCAGAGCUGAUGCUCAGGACCACUGGGAUCUAUUUUAUGACCUACUUCUAUGCCUUAUUGUGAAAGUACCAGAGUAUCAAAGCAACUCUAGUUCACUUCGGUCUAUUUAACCACUGAAAGUGUUAAAGACUUAUGUUUUUUAGUUAAUUUCUGUUAGAGUGAAAACAGUCAGAGCAUCUGCAUGGAACUUUGAUGAACCAAAUGUGCAGGAGACAUGGUUUCACACAUUCUUCAACAGAACACCUCACCUCUCUUAUGUGUGUGUGUGUGUGUGUGUGUGUGUGUGUGUGUGUGUGUGUGUGUGUG